AUGGACCCCCUGGGAGAAUCGCCCUGGGCCGACGCCCCUGCCCAACCACCACCACCCUCCUCGACCUCCGAAUCUCAGCCGGCCGGCGACGACGAGACCCCCAAGCCAGCCUCAGAAGCCGCGCCUUCUGCCACGACCAGCUCCGGUCCCCGGCCUUCCCGCCUGACGCCCCGCCGCCUUGUCGCGCAGCCGACCAAGCUGCAGGCCGUCGAAGAUGACCCCCUCGGGCCGCUGGGCGCGGCGGAGCCGGUGGUGUCUGCCGCCGAGGGCGAGCCACCCAUGCCUCCGCAGAAGGAGCCGCCCGCGCCGGCAGCCAUGGCUUCGACGCUGCCCGUGCGCACCAUGAUGUCCCCCGGCCAGCAACAGCAGCAGAAGAGGGGCGUGAACGACCCGCACCGGGUUGAUGACGAGGACGACGGGGACGACAGGCUGGGGAGCUCAGGGGGCAGGGCGCCGCCGCCGGUACAGGCCGCCACGCCCGUGCAAGGGAGGGGGGCCGGCCCGCCGAGCGUCAGCGUCGAGCAGGCGGCCAAGCCGUCCUUCUCCAUCACCGUCGGUGACCCGCACAAGGUCGGCGAUCUGACUAGCAGCCAUAUCGUGUAUGCCGUGCGGACAAAGACCACGUCCAAGGCCUACAAGCAAUCCGAGUUCGAGGUCAAGAGGAGAUACCGGGACUUCCUAUGGCUCUACAAUACCCUCCAUGCGAACAACCCGGGCAUAGUGGUACCGCCUCCCCCAGAGAAGCAGGCAGUCGGACGAUUCGAGACGAACUUUGUCGAGGCGAGACGCGCGGCCCUCGAGAAGAUGCUCAACAAAACUGCUGCACAUGCUACGCUACAACAUGAUGCGGAUCUCAAACUGUUCCUCGAGAGCGAGUCUUUUAAUGUGGAUAUCAAGCAUAAGGAGAGGAGGGAGCCGAAUCUUGGGGAGAGCAAGGGCAUGUUCAGCUCGCUUGGCCUAGGCGGCUCGACCAGCAAGUUCGUGGAGCAAGACGACUGGUUCCAUGAUCGUCGAGUAUACCUUGAUGCACUUGAGAAUCAACUGAAAGGCCUACUCAAGGCCAUGGAUACGAUGGUAGCUCAGCGCAAGUCAAUGGCAGAGGCAGCCGGCGACUUCUCAGCUUCACUGCAUGCGCUUUCAACGGUCGAGCUAUCGCCGACCCUGUCGGGCCCCUUAGAGGCCCUGUCGGACCUGCAGAUCACCAUCCGCGACGUGUACGACCGGCAGGCGCAGCAGGACGUCCUCACUUUUGGAAUCACCAUCGAGGAGUACAUCCGACUGAUCGGGAGCGUUAAGCAAGCGUUCGGGCAGCGCCAGAAGGCCUUCUACGCCUGGCAUGCUGCCGAGUCAGAGAUGCAGAAGCGCAAGGCCAACCAGGACAAGCUCCUUAGACAGGGCAAGUCUCAGCAAGACCGCCUGAACCAGGUCAGCGCCGAGGUAGCAGACUCGGAGAGGAAGGUGCACCAGGCGCACCUGCUUUUUGAGGACAUGGGACGGCUGUUGAGACAGGAGCUGGACCGCUUCGAGCGGGAGAAGGUGGAGGACUUCAAGAGCGGCGUGGAGACGUUCUUGGAGAGCUCGGUCGAGGCGCAGAAGGAGCUUAUCGAGAAGUGGGAGACAUUCCUCCUGCAGCUUGACUCGGCAGACGACGAGACCGUCUUCUACAAGCCACCCGUCUUCCAGCCAGCGGGCGGCAACAGGCCAGCUGGGGAUACCGCGGUGGACCGAGCCCGUGCUCGCAUUGACGAGGAUUCUGACUAG